AUUUUUAGAUCGGGUGUCAUGACAGUGAUGAAAAUGCAUUACGAGAAAGAUAUAAAAUGCUUGAAGUCUUCUGCUCUUGGCCACUUCUCGUUCAGGUUUUUUUUUUUAAAGGAACAAGAUCCUUGUUUUGGCAAAAACCUUUUCUCCAAGAUCUUUGCUACGGAGUGUUCAAUUAAAAUAACAGCCAUGGUGAUCUACACAGUAACGGUGCACACAGGAAAGAGGCUCUUGGCGGGCACCACUAGCCUCAUCUACAUCCAGCUGCGUGGUAGUGAGGCUGAGAGUGAGGAACAGAAUCUAAAUCGCCUUCAGGCAUUUUUGCAAGGAUCGGAACGAGCAUUUAAGAUACACUGUGAGGCAUCCCUGGGAAAGCUCAUAUCUGUCAAGCUCUACUCCAAGCCGUUUAUGGGUCUUCUUUACAACCAGUGGUUCUGUGAUAAGAUCUUGGUCAACACGCCAGAAGGUGAUGAGAUUUUGUUUCCGUGCUAUUGCUGGCUUGACUGUAACGAGAGGCUCGUUUUAAGACCUGCUAAAGCUUCACUUGUGUUCCAGGACACCAAUCCAAUAGCUCAAAGACAAAGGACGAGGCAGCUAGAAGAGCAACAAAAGUUAUUUAGGUGGCGCGUGUAUGCUGAGGGCACGCCCCAAGUUAUCGAUUGCGACACUGCCUUCGAUCUGCCAGCUGAAGUCCGAUUCUCUUUCACAAAGCAAACCGAGUUUUACUCCACUGCUGGAAAGCAGCUAGCUGCUCUGAAACUAACUGGAUUAGCUGACAGCAGAAGAUCGUGGGAAAGCAUCAGCCAACUGGAAGUAAUUAUUUUUGAAAACAGAGGGAAAACCAUAGAAUAUGUUCAGGAGCACUGGGAUGAGGACAAGUUCUUUGGCUACCAGUUUCUGAAUGGCCUCAAUCCCAUGAUGAUCCAGCGCUGCUCAAAGCUGCCCGCGAAUUUCCUCGUCACAGACGACAUGGUCAAAGACUCCCUAAGAGGGAGCAGCUUGGAGCAGGAGAUGAAGAAAGGGAACAUCUUCCUGUCUGACUAUAACAUGUUGGAUGGACUGGUGGGAAAUGUAGUCAGUGGCAGGCAGCAGUAUCUCACGGCUCCCCUGGUCCUGCUGUACUGUAACCCUCAUGGCAUGAUGCUGCCCAUCGCCAUUCAGUUAAGGCAAAAGCCCAGCAAAGAGAAUCCCAUCUUCCUCCCAACGGAUUCAAAGGCUGACUGGAAACUGGCCAAGAUCUACGUCCGAAAUGCAGAGUUUGCCGUUCACGAGGUCGACUUUCACCUGCUGAGAACUCACCUUCUGGCAGAAGUGUUCGCCAUGACGACAUUGCGCAAUCUUCCCUCUCCACACCCUCUCUACAAGCUCCUCUUUCCCCAUAUUCGAUACACGUUCCAGAUCAACAUCAUGGCCCGGACUGACCUGAUAUCCAAGGAUGGGGCCAUUACCCUGUAUGCAGGAGUUGGUGGAGAGUCAUUGGUAAAGUUGAUGAAGCGUGCUACUGCCUCCCUGACCUACAGCGCCCUCUGUCUUCCUGAUAACAUCUCUGAGAGAGGCCUGGAGAAUGUUCCCCACUACUACUACAGAGAUGAUGGGAUGAAACUGUGGAAUAUCAUCAACAAGUUUGUUGGGGCUAUAUUGUCACACUACUAUCAAGGUGAUGCAAGAGUGCAGAAGGACACAGAGCUUCAGCGUUGGAUCAGUGAGAUAUUCACCCAUGGCUUCCUGGGAAGAGACGACUCAGGAAUACCAUCAUCUUUUCAGACUGUGACGGAGCUUGUCAAGUUUGUCACCAUGGUGAUCUUCACUUCCUCAGCCCAACAUGCCGCUGUAAACAAUGGACAGUUUGACUUUGGUGGCUGGAUGCCUAACUACCCCACUGCCCUCAGAAAGCCCCCUCCCAAGGUGAAAGGCCAGACCACUGAGGACACGAUCCUGGAGACCCUGCCUGAUGUGAGCACGACGGUGAAUGGGAUGGCUGUCCUGAGACUGCUGACCAAGGAUUCUGCAGACCAUUACCCUCUGGGACAUUUCCCAGAAAAUCUGUAUGAUGAAGACGUCCCCUACAAGCUCAUUAAAGAUUUUCAAAAGGAUCUGAGGGAGUUGUCAGAUCUCAUCGAGGAGCGGAACAAGAAGUUGGAGCUUCCCUACAUCUAUCUGAACCCCAAAAAUGUGGACAACAGUGUAGCCAUUUGAAAGGAUACAGUAGUCCUUCUUAAUAUGUUUGUCUUUCUGUUAAUAGCUUUGUCAAUAAAAAUAAAGACCAAAGCAAAAAUAACUCAAAGUGAGAUCAUGGAUAUUGCCUUUCAAGGAAAAUAAAUAAUGUGAAAGGCACUGCUUGCAUUUCUUUGAACUUGUGAGUUUUGAGAUAUAAGUUUUUACAACUGUGCUGCCAUCUAGUGACAUAAACCAAUACAAUCCAUUGCAUAAAAAAUGUAUAAUUCUUUUUCAAACUCAAACACAACUAUUCACAUGGUUACUGUAAACUGUCAUAUAUUACACACUAGUGUGAAAAACUAAAACAGUCCCAUCUUUGUUGCUUGUGCCUUUGUGUUACAGUGCAAAAUACAGUAUGAUUACAGUACAA